AUGUCACUUCUUCAAAAUGCAACGAUUGCAGAUACUAGCAAGCUUGGAUGGGUUAGGCAACCAAAUCACCGUGGAACCAUCGACAUCAUCUGGGCCUGCCUUCUCCUCAUAUUCAUCAGCACCUGGACGGUCCUCCACAUCAAUUUGCCAGCGCCAGGAGAAAGUUACUGGAGCAUACAGCUCCGGAAAGCACGCUGGUCAGCGUUUCUGCUAUACGCUCCGGAAGUGAUGACCAUGAUAGCAGCUUGCCAGCGAGCAUCUGCGCGAACGUCCGUAGAGAACAUGCAUGCUCUAGGUGCCAAACACUGGACAGUCGUCCAUGGGCUCUUCGCAGAGAGUGGCGGUUUCGUCCUGCAUUCUCCUGACAUGCCUCCUUUCCCCAUCAACAAUCGUGCCAUAUACUAUCUGGCUGGUAAAAGUUAUAUUGAGGUACCGUCGGUGACGAAGGAUGAGAUUCAAGACCACAGCAAGAAGGAUCGAGUUGCGAAGGUGGUAGCAAUCGUUCAAGGCACAUACAUGAUCGCUCAGUGCAUCGCAAGAGCCAUCCAGCACAUGCAGAUCAGCAAUCUCGAGCUGGUGACAGUGGCCUUUGUUGGCUGCACAUGCGUUACCUUUUUCCUCUGGAUCGACAAGCCUUGCGGUGUCGAGAAAGCCAUCGAUAUCUUCACUACCGUUCAUAUCAGGACAAUAAUCGUUGCAGCUGGAGAUGUUGCCGCCGCACCGUAUGGCGAUACGCCCCUGGAUUUUGUCGAGCAGCCUGGGUGGCAGCAAUGGAGACGAAGAGAAAGGUUCCGGAAGGUCGGGAUUCCAGUUAGACCUCUCGAGCGGAUUCCCAACGACUACGUCGUGCCACCGCUGACUCUCCGGCUUGCCGUGCCUCUCUGGGGCUUGACCGUACUGCACGCCGCGACCCACAUUCUUGCUUGGGACUUCCCAUUCCCAACAACCUUCGAGCUGUGGCUUUGGCGUGCCGCCAGCCUGGCUAUGACGGCAGUCAUGAUCGUCUGGGGGUUUGCGGAAGUCUUGUCUGUCAAGCCGGGAUUCGACUACACGAUGACGUUGUUGGGGAUUUGGGAGAAGAGAGCUAGCAAGGACACCUUUUUUCGCAACUGGGCUGUUGAUGGGCCGGGAACGUGCAGUGCGAUACUUUACGGCAUCGCUAGAACAAUAAUCAUUAUUGAAACAUUUGCAAGUUUGCGGCUAAUGGAUGCUUCGGCAUAUGAUACUGUAAAUUGGACGCAAUUUCUACCACAUGUGUAG